UUUGGUGUUUUUUUACUUUCCAGAAGCGGGCACACUAUUGUGCAGUAAACAAAAUAAAACAAAUAAUUUUGGCGGAUGGAAAGAAACACAAUACCGACAAAAUGGACGUCGACAUUUGUCGAGUUUGUGGGGAAACCUCAAAGGACAUGGUCAAUAUAUUCGAUGGCACCGCCAGACCAGAAAUACGGAUUUCCAUAGCGGAUAUGAUUUCCCUGUGUACCGGACAUCGAAUUUCUAAAGGGGAUCCUUUUUCCAAAACCAUAUGCGCUCCUUGCAAGCGGGAUGCAACUAAUGCUUUUGAGAUAAAACAACUUUACGAGACGAGCCACAGCGUUUUCUGCCAGAUAAUCAAGAAAGAUGACCUACAGGAGGAAGAAAUGCUCGAUAUAUCUUACUCUAAAAUCGGAAGGUUACGAAUAAAGCACGAGCCAGUUGAAGAAGAUAUAUUCGAGGACGUUCGCCUCCAAUUUACCGAGUUUGAAGUCGAUGAGGAAUUCAAGGAAAAUGCAGAAGAUCAGGAGAAAUCGGCGAAAACUUCACACAUUUGUUCCUAUUGCAAAAGGUCAUUUUCCCAAAAAUGCAAUCUUCAGGCACACAUUCGAACCCACACAGGAGAACGGCCCUUCAAGUGUCCUCACUGCGAGAAAUCUUGUGCAAAAAAGGGCAAUCUUCAGAAACAUAUUGCGACCCACAAAGCAGAACGUCCUUACCAUUGUUCCGUCUGUCUGAAGACCUUUAAAACAGCCAAAUAUCUGCAGUCGAAGUCACACCUUGACACCCACAAAACACUAAAAAAACGACCUUACAAAUGUUCCCAUUGCCAGAGGACUUUUGCAACAAAUAACCCACUUCAGGACCAUAUCCGAAAGAUACACAACGGAGAUUGGCCCUACAAGUGCUCAGAUUGCGAAAAAUCUUUUCGUCUAAAAAGAGAUCUUAAGGAACAUAAGCAGACCCAUGAUCAAAAAGAAGAUGAGCUCUAAUUGGAGGCUCUAGAAUGGAGCCUCAACACUUAUACCUAAGUCAUGAUAUUGCAGGCGAUUUUUAUAGUUAACAAUUACUCCUUUAUUUAUAUUUUAGAUAUCUUAAGAAUAUUGCAAAUUAAUACAACUAAAAAACUUAAUAAAUAAAUAAGGAAAUAUGGCACAGCAAACCGAGAAAUCUUUAUUUGAAAAGAAAAUCAAAUUUAUUUUAUAUAUUUAGUAUUUACAUUUACGAGGAUGCUGUAGAUUCACCAAAUUCUUAGUCACUUUUCCUAAAAAAGAUGCUCAUCAUUUGCCUCCUCCUCUUGGCAGCCAACUUCCUUUUCGCAGGAGUCCUGCCGGCAUCUGAAAAUCACAUUAUUGGCGGAAGACGCAUUGAAAUAAAAGAGGCUCCCUGGCAGGUAUCCUUGCGCCUAGAUGGAAACCAUAUUUGCAGUGGCUCCAUUUACAGCAAGAGAAUCAUCAUCACCGCUGCCCAUUGUCUUAAUUUUGGCAACGGUACAGAAUAUCGCAUCGAUCAUUUGUCGGUUGGUGUCGGAUCCACAGCCAGAUCCAACGGAACAGUUUUUAAAGUCCAAGCGAAAAUGUCUCAUCCAAAGUUUGAAAAUGGAUCGCCUCCCAAUGAUAUUGCCCUGCUCCGAUUGGAAAAACCUCUCAUGAUGAGCGACUCGGUGCAACCCAUCCCCUUGGUCAAGAAGGUGCCUGCCGCUGGAAGCAUUGCCACAGCCACUGGCUGGGGGGUUGCCGGUUUCCACACGGACAUGUCCUUCAUAGUUCCUGAAUAUUUGCAGGGCAUAAGUCUCGAAGUGUUGUCCCUGGAGUACUGUGAGAAUUACUACGAGGAUCCUGUGGCAAAGAGUAGCAUUUGCGCCAAGCCCGGGAUAUGCGACGGCGACUCUGGCGGACCCUUGGUCGUUGACCUAGAACUGGCGGGUGUUGUCGCAGCCAGUAGUGAUUAUUGCGAUGGUCCUUCGAUCUCCUCCAGCGUGUUUUACCUCAAAGAUUGGAUUCUAGAAGCUGUAAAUGCUUUGGAUCAAUAGGGUUUAUUCUUAAACAGUGCUGUCUCCUGAGCCACUGGCCAAGAGAUCCCGGCUAGGAUUCCAGGUGCAGGCAAACACAUCGCAUUCAUGGCCUCGGAACACACGAGCCUCGAGGAUCUCCAUGACCACAAGGUCGCUCAGAAUACUAUCUCUUUAACUAAAAAACUACUAAAUCUAUAUACUAAAUUACUAAUUUUGUUUUUAAUAAAACAGUUAUCGAU